ACUUGACAGGUACCCGGUCUUCAAAAGCGUAACACGCAUUCAUCGGUGCAGCUGAGCUGAGUACAACGAAAUGAUCUGGACAACUCUUCUUCUUUUCCAUGGAGUUCUUAUAAUCUUCUGGAUGCUUUCUAAUCGGUCAAGAUCGAAGAAAGAACCUCCUUUGGAUAAAGGAGUCAUUCCGUGGCUGGGUCACGCGCUUGAAUUCGGAAGAGAUGCCUCAAAGUUUUUAACGCGAAUGAAGCUGAAACAUGGCGACAUCUUCACGGUACGUGUUGCUGGACUCUAUGUGACGGUGUUGCUGGACCCAAACUCGUACGAUGCAGUCCUGGAGGACUCGGUCACACUGGACUUCACUCGCUAUGCCGAGGUGCUGAUGCGAAGGAUCUUCAGUUUGUCGCUCCCCAAUCACAACGCUUCCACGGAGAAGGCCUUAAUGAGGCGGCACUUCCAAGGAGAGGGUCUUACCUGCCUCAAUAGUGUUAUGGAGGGGAAUCUCCAGGCCCUGCUGCAAUCUGAGACUCCCCAGGACCGGGAGAACUGGAAACGUGACGGGCUCUUCAACUUCUGCUACAGCCUGCUAUUUAGGGCUGGAUACCUAACGCUGUUUGGAGCAGAGCAGAACGACCGCAACAGAGACUCGUCUGCAGUCUACCAGGAGUUCCGAAAGUUUGACGCCCUCCUGACGAAAAUGGCACGAAACACGCUGAACUCAGAGGAGAAGGGGAUCUCCGGGUCUGUGCGUCAGCGGCUGUGGGGCCUACUGUCCGCGGCCCUGCCCAGGGGGAAGACUGAAGACCGCUGGCUGCAGAACUACCUGCGGCACCUGCGGGAGGAGGGCGUGGACGUGGAGACGCAGAAACGGGCCGCGUUGCUUCAGCUCUGGGCCACGCAGGGUAAUGUUGGUCCUGCUGCUUUCUGGCUGCUCGGCUUCCUGUUGACCAACCCUGAGGCCAUGUCUGCUGUGAAAAAGGAGUUUGACAGCCUCUCUGUGCUAGCAGAUUCACCACAGCACCUCCCAUUCGACAAGUUACAGAACACCCCAGUGUUUGACAGUGCACUCAGCGAGACCCUGAGGCUCACCGCGGCCCCUUUCAUCACGCGAGAGGUGCUGAACAACAAGACGCUACGCAUGGCCGACGGCCAGGAGUACGACAUCAGGAAGGGGGACCGGAUGUGCCUGUUCCCCUACAUCAGCCCCCAGAUGGACCCCGAAAUCCACCAGGAACCCGAGAAAUUCAAGUACGACAGGUUCUUGAAUUCCAACGGCAGCGAGAGAAGGGAUUUCUACAAGGGCGGGAAGCGGCUGAAGUACUACACCAUGCCGUGGGGCGCAGGGAAGAACGAGUGCGUGGGCCGCCUCUUCGCCAUCGGCAGCAUCAAACGGUUUUUGUUGACGGUGCUAACCCAGAUGAACCUGGAGUUGUGUGACCAAGACUCUACCAUGCCAAAAGUCAAUGCCAGUCGCUAUGGAUUUGGGGUGCUACAACCAGAAGGAGAUUUGGAAAUACGCUACAAACUAAGAUGCACACUUUAGGGCCCAGCAACUCUGCAUGCCAAACAUGUCAGUGCUAAAUCAACUGUAACAACUCUAACUAUUAACAGUUAUAAGUUGGCUACUUUAUCAGAGUUGAUUUACAUCAACAUUUUAUGCUGAACAGCUUUUUCAUCUGUAUAAAUAAAAACAUGUCCAUAUUUAUAAUAUAUUUUGUACUUAUUUUUAUAUUUUGUCAUUCAUUAAAUAAUAAAUAUUGUUUGUUUUACUUUUCUA